UCCAUCCAUAACAGAAGAGAACUCCUUUUGGCAUCAGCAGAGUAGAGGGUGCUGAGGGAACUUGCCACAGAAGCAUAUGUUGCUCUUGCUCCAAAGGAUUUAUUACCUUGCAGAACUUAGAGGCAGCACUCAAAUAUCAGGGUGGCAAGAGAGCUGCUUGUGAGGAGUUGAUAUUGUGAGCGCUGAGGACUGUGAACAGACCCCUCUGUUGCUGUAAAACUCUAAGCUAAAGCAAAGAUGAAGUUGCCAAAGUCGAAAGUGACGGAUAACUCUGCCGAGGGGCAGAAAGUAGAAGGUGCAGGUGCUGAAGGAGAGUCCACCAAGAAGAAAGGCAUCAAAUUUAGGUCUAAGGUGCCUGGGGUCAUGAUCACACAAUAUAUUGAAACGCUCCCGGAAGGAAAAACCACUCCAGACUUCACUCGCAAACCAAUUGCAUUGACAAUUCAAGAGGGGAAGCUUGCCAUAUUUAAAGCCAUUGUGCAUGGAGAGCCAAAGCCUGAGGUCACAUGGAGAAGAGCCAAUGGGGAAAUGAGCGACCCGGAAAAGUUCCAAAGCAAAUAUGACGAAAAUACAAAUGAACACACCUUAGAGAUACCUAAUGUAAGUUCGGAUGAAGCUGACACCUACAAGUGCUAUGCCAGAAAUGAAUUUGGAAAGGCUGUGUGCACUGUCAUGCUGAAUAUUAUUGAAGUUGGUUUCAAAAAGAAGAAGGAGAUGGCAAAGUCUAAAGAAGGACCUAAACAAAAUCCCACAGAGUUCAGAAAGAUGUUGAGGAAAGGUAAAAAGCAGACGACUGAAAAGAAGGAAGGAGAGAUUGAUGAGGAUGUCUGGGACAUAUUGUUGAGCGCUGAUAAGAAGGACUAUGAACGUAUAUGUUUUGAGCAUGGCAUUACGGACUUCCGUGGAAUGCUGAAGAAGCUGCAGGAGAUGAAGAGAGUACGAGAAGAGGAGCAAGCUCAGUUCAUUCAACAUCUAAGUAAUCUCAAGCAGAUUAAAGUCAAAUCAGAGGAUACUGCUGAAUUUGAACUUGAUAUGGACCUGAAGGACCCCAACAGUCAGGUUUUCAUCUACAAGGAUGGAGUUAUGGUUGCUUUCAGUAAAGACAUGGAAGGGGAUAUGAAGCAUUGUCUGAAACAAGUUGGAAAGAAAUUUGUUUUCACUGUCAAAAACCUGAAACCAGAGGAUGCUGGACUUUAUCAACUGGACGUUGAGGGUGUUAACAUCUUCUCUACUGAUUUCAAGCUUCCUCCUGUCGAGUUUGUUGUCAAAAUCCAGGAAGUUAAGGCAGAGGAGAGGCAAGAUGCUCAAUUUGAAUGUGUCCUCAGCCUGCCAAUGCCUGAGAUUACAUGGACUCUGAAGAACAAUCCUAUAGAGAACAGCGAGAAGUAUGAGAUAAUUGUGUCUGAAGACAAGCUUAUCCAUAAGCUUCUCAUCAAAGAUUGUAUGCCUGUUGAUGGUGGAAUCUAUGCGGCUAUAGCAGGCCUCAAAUCUUGCAGUGCUUGGCUGAUAGUUGAGGCUGACAAAUCAUCGAAGGGUAAGAAAAAGGAGAGAAAAGCAGGUGUGGCUGGUGGAGGCCAAGACCUGGCCAAGAUUGCAGCCGAGCAGGCGGAAAAAAUGAAAAAAGAUAUGGAGGCAGCCAUGGAGGCAGCAAAGAAAGCCAAAGCAGACAGGGAAGCAGCUGACGCUGCAGCCCUGGAGGGUGCAGAUGCUGCAUCAAAGCAGAGAGCAGAGGACAGGGCAGCAGCGGCUGAAAAGGCGGCAAAGGAGGCGGCUGAGAAAGCAGCCAGAGAAGCGGCUGAGAAAGCAGCCAGAGAAGCAGCUGAGAAGGCUGCGAGGGAGGCCGAGGAGGCAGCCAAGAGAGCAGCAGCAUUAAAUGAUGCCGACGCUGCCGCCAAGGCGGCUGCAGAGGCAGCCCUGGCUGCGGCCAAUAGGCCAGGGGCCACCAAAGAAGAGAUAGAGGCGGCGGAAGCUGCUGCAAGGGCGGCCGCAGAGGCUGCUGCAAAGGCGAAGGCUGAUUCUGACGCAGCAGCAGCGGCAGCAGCGGCAGCGGCGGCGGCAGCAGCAGCAGCAGCAGCGGCAGAAGGGGCAGAAGGGGCAGAAGAAGGGGCAGAGGGAGCAGAAAAAAGGAAACGCGUCCGAGAUGGACCACUUGUUCCAGAUACCAUCAUAGGACAGUCACAAAGCGACAUGGCAAAUAGUCAAAAUGGUGCAGGAGGCAAAGCCAAGGGUCGCUCUCGCACCAAGCAAGGCCCACUGGUCCCAGACACGGUUGUGGGUGGGAACCCUGGGCAUCAUGGGAACCCUGGGCAUCAUGGGAACCCUGGGAAUCAUGGGAACCCUGGCAACCCUGGGAAUCAUGGCAACCCUGAUGGCGAAUCGGCUGUUGCAGGUGCAGGGUCAGUAGCAGGCAGCGAUGCAGCCGGUGAUGAAGCCGGCAGGCGCUCUGGCCGUGUCAAGCAAGGCCCGCUGCUAGAGGAGACCGUCAUUGACCCCGGGGUUCACUUUUCUGCUGGACUUGAGGAUUGCAAAGUCAUUGUUGGGGAGCCAGCAGAGUUGGUUUGCAAGCUGAGCAGUGAAGAAGCGAAGGGAACAUGGUACCACGAUGGUGAAGAGAUCGCAGAACCUUGUGAGGGGAUAACAAUCUCCAAGGAUGGUGCUUUCCAUAAGAUGAGGAUCGACAAAGUCACUGCCGAAUUUGCUGGGAAAUAUAAAUUUGAGGCAGAUGGACGCAAAACAGAAGCCAUAAUUGCUGUUGAAGAUCCUCCAAGAUUUGAUGCAAAGGAGUUGGAAACAUUUUCAGUUCCACUAGUUAUAAAAACUGGUCAUCGAGCUCAGUUCAAAGUUGCAUAUAUCGGACAAGAACCUGCAAAAGUCCAGUGGUACCAUGACGGUGAAGAACUAGUCCCUGAUACCAACCUCAAGAUUAUGACUGAUGAGGGAUACAGCUGUGUAAUGUUCAACUCCAAGAUGACACGCAAGGACACAGGAGAGAUCAAAAUCAAAAUAAAGAAUGAGUUUGGAACUGUUGAAGCUUACACACAGCUCAUUGUUCUUGACAAGCCCACUCCCCCCCUUGGCCCUCUAGAAAUCAUUGAGGCCUCCUCCAAUUGUAUUGAAAUUAAGUGGAGACCUCCAAAGGAUGAUGGUGGAUCCCCCAUAACUAAUUACAUUCUACAGCGCAAUCAGAUAGGACGCAACACUUGGAAAAAGCUUGGACAGAUCCCAGGAGAGGCUUACUACAAGGACAGUGAUGUAGACCAUGGCAGAAGGUACUCUUAUCGCAUACAGGCUGUGACAGCAGAAGGUAUCAGUGAUCGGAUGGAAACAGAAGAUGUCCAGGCUGGGACAAAAGCAUACCCUGGAGCCCCAUCUGUUCCUAAAGUGGAAAGUGUGUUUAAGGACUGCAUUAAUCUGACCUGGACCCCUCCCUCCAACACUGGUGGAACCAACAUCCUAGGCUACAUUUUGGAGAAGAGAAAGAAAGGAAGCAAUCUUUGGGGUCAGGUUAACAAAUCAGAUGAAUUGAUCAAAGGCAAGAAAUAUGGAGUGAAAGAUGUCAUUGAAGGCAUGGAGUAUGAAUUCCGCAUCUGUGCUAUAAAUAUCUCCGGAGCUGGAGAAUUCAGUACCCCAUCUGAAUUUGUGUUUGCUAGAGAUCCCAAAAAGCCACCUGGAAAGGUUAUUGACCUAAAGGUAACAGAUUCGACCUACACUACCUUGUCCCUGUCUUGGACUAAACCAAAGGAAGAGAAAGGGGUGCAAGAUGAGGCUAAAGGAUACUUUGUGGAGAUUCGGCCAGCAGAGAACACUGAGUGGGACCGCUGCAAUGCCAACCAUAUCAUAAUGUGCUCAUACACAGUGAAGGGCAUGAAGUCUAUGGGCAUGUAUUGGGUGAGAGUCAUAGCUGAAAAUGAUGGUGGACCGGGAGAGCCCCAAGAACUAGAUAAUUACAUUCUUGCAAUGCCUCCACCAGUCCGACCCAGAUUCACAGAUCAGAAAAUUAAAAGCAUCAUGGUGGUCCAAGCAGGGAACUCUGCCCGUUUCAAUAUCAACUUUGAGGCUUCGCCAUGGCCAGAUGUGACCUGGUUAAAAGACGGUGUCCCUGUAUCCAAGCGCAUCACCAUUAGCAAUGCUCCUGGCGCAUCCCAAAUAUUGAUCCCUUCUUCUGAGCGCUCUGACACAGGAAUAUACACCAUUGUGGUUAAAAACAUUGUUGGCCAGGAGACCUUCAGCAUUGAGAUCAGAGUCACAGAUGAGCCCAAACCUCCUGGUCCGGUGGAAAUUGAUGAAAACGUGCCAGGGACAGUGACUAUAUCCUGGACCGCGUCGCCAGAUGAGAAGCGUGAUGACCGGCUCCACUACAUGGUGACCAAGCGGGACUCCAGCAAGAGAACAUGGCACACUGUGGGAGAUCAUAUCUUCAACAAUAAGUUCACUGCUUGUAAUAUCAUGCCUGGGCGUGAGUACAGUUUCAGAGUCUACGCAAAAAAUGACAUGGGACUCUCUGCACCAUCAGAGUCACAAAAGUGGCUUAUCAGUGCCAAGAAAGAAAAGUUUACACUGGACAUGCCUGAGUCUAAGACAUGCAACCUGGAGAGGCCUCCCAAGUUCCUGGUUCCUCUGAAGAUGCACACUGCUCCCCAGGGCUACGAAUGCUACAUGAGUUGUGCUAUAAGGGGGGAUCCAAGGCCCCAUGUCACCUGGUACCGCAACAACAUCAGCCUCAAUACAAACACCAACUACUACAUAUCUAACACUUGUGGUGUCUGCUCCAUGCUCAUCUUAAGAGUUGGUCCCAAGGACACAGGAGAGUACAAGGUUGUUGCAGAGAACCCCCUGGGGAGGGCAGAGUGCACUACUAAACUUACUGUCCGAGAUUAAAGCAAGACUGCAUCAAUGGCCUGGAUGCUUCAUUCACAACAAUGUUUGUGAUUUUUGUGCUUUUGAGAUAUUUCUUGGACUCAGUGAAACUUAUUUUGUGAUUUGGUGAAUUGUUAUUUUUAUGUAGAAGUAUUUUUGUGUAUCUUUUUGUGAAGAUAUAAUGUGUUUAUCACAUGUAAUGUGAUGUUACUCGACAUUCUAGGUGUUGCAUACACCUACACAUCACUCAAUUAAUUUGAUUUUGGGGGAUGAACAGGAAUAGGAGUUGGAAUGAACUGUACCAUGCAUCAUGCUUUGCCCUAGACAGAAUGUGCUCAUAGACAACUCUGGACAAAUAAUUCUAGACACUACUAUGCAAUAUCUGAACCAGCAGUAGAUAAGUGACCAUAAAUAUGCAUGUGACGAAAUAUAUGUCUUGCAUUGCCAGCUGAAUAAUUCUGCUUCUUAAUUAUAGUAACUAAGACACUAUACUCUACACCUUGUUGAAAUGACUAUUGUGGAAAUGUAGAAGGACACAACAUCUGUGUUUAAGUACAUGAAAACAUGUACUUGAUCAAUAAACAAUGUAUGUCAAUAUUGAAUUUAA